CUGCUGGAAUUGCUUGGGUAGCCCUAAUGUCCUCGUUCUUAUUUGGAAGAGGAGUUUGGCCAGCUGCAAGCCUUGGCUGAUAGCAGAAGCUUUCUGAAGGUCUUCUGCCUUGCUCUGGGCGCUGGGAGGUGAAAGCCUAAGAUCUCAUGAAAACUCCUCACCUCUGCUGGUGAGCUGGUGGGUGGAUGACACGGGAAGUAUUUGCAGAUACGGACGAGGGGCAGUCUGCUUACACAGAAGCUGCAGGGACAAGUUGUUGCUCAGUUUGCACUGUAUCUGGAUGACAGAGUGGUCAGAGGGAGCAGAUUGCUGACUCCAGCCAAGUGUUCACGUGUCCUGCAGUGUUAGGGCUGACUUCUGAGAAACCACAGAUGUCAGCUCCAUGCAGACAUUCACAGCUUAGCCAGGAGGAAAUGGAUGACAGAGCGAGCUGCGUGCUGCCUACAGUAAAAUAUCAAAAUAACUGGCUGCUUUGUGUUGGUCUCUAAGAGCUGCUAAAUGGUCUGAGAUGAAGCAUGUGGCCAUGCCCACAUUUCCCAGGGUUUUCCUGGGUGUGAGUGUUGGCGGCCCAGCAGGGCAGCAAUCUGCAUGCAGAGCGAUGCAGGACAGAGGGGCCUGUGUGGGGCCUGCAGUGCUGUGCUGCCGCUUCCUGUCGGGGGGCACGCUGUUCGAAGGGAAAUGUGGUUGGGUUUCUUGGACCGCAUCUCCUCCCCUGCUGUUCUCAUGAGUGUUUCAGAGACUGUCAGGCGUGGCCUGAAGUAGCUUUCAUUUAAAGAGGAAUAGAAAGGGCUUCCAGUGAAGACAGAACCAUCGGUAACCAUGAGCUAUUGACCUAUGGCAGCCGUUCAUGGAGGAACUCAAUUCAGACUCAGGCUGCGACUCUGUAACUGAUACAGAAACAGAAGACGAGAAAAACUCAGUUUACUCCUGCCAGCUUGCCAUGAAUGAAGAGCACAAAUUAUCCAAGAACAUUGGGGAGCAUCUGGUGGUGCAGCCUGAUCACAUACGCUGUGGGGUACAGACCACUGUUUAUAUUAUCAUGAAAUGUAGACUAGAUGACAAAGUGAAAACUGAAGUUGAAUUCUCUCCAGAGAACUCAUCAUCUGUGCGUGUGCUGGCUGAGUUGGAGAAUGAAUACACAAUAUCUGUGGAGGCUCCAAAUUUAACUUCCGGGACAGUGCCUCUGCAUAUAUAUUCAGGGGACUUGAUGGUGGGAGAAACGAGUGUCACCUAUCAUACUGACAUGGAGGAAAUCAGCAGUCUGUUGGCUAAUGCAGCCAACCCAGUACAAUUCAUGUGCCAGGCCUUUAAAAUCGUUCCAUACAGCAUAGAAGCUCUGGACAAACUGUUGACUGAGUCACUAAAGAAGAACAUUCCUGCCAGUGGCUUACACUUGUUUGGAAUCAACCAGCUGGAAGAAGAUGAUAUGACAACAAAUCAGAGAGAUGAGGAGUUGCCAACGCUGCUUCACUUUUCUGCAAGAUAUGGGCUGAAAAACCUUACUGCUUUGCUGCUGACGUGCCCUGGAGCACUGCAGGCCUACAGUGUAGCCAACAAAUAUGGUCACUAUCCAAACACGAUAGCGGAAAAGCAUGGCUUUAAGGACCUCCGACAAUUCAUUGACGAAUACGUGGAAACUGCAGAUAUGCUGAAGAGUCACAUUAAGGAAGAGUUGAUGCAAGGCGAAGAGGAUGAGUCUGUUUAUGAGUCCAUGGCUCAUCUUUCUACUGACCUGUUAAUGAAAUGUUCCUUAAACCCAGGUUCUGAUGAAGAGCUUUAUGAAUCUAUGGCUGGAUUUGUCCCUGGUGCCCCAGAAGACCUUUAUGUAGAAAUGCUUCAGUCCAAGGCAGACACUCCAAUUUCUGGAGAUGAAAUCUCUCUAACUGUGAAAGACUCGAUGCUCCGCAAGUUUUUAGAAGGUGGUAGCAUGGAUGCACCAGAUUCUGGGGAAGGAGUUUCCCAGCAGUAUGAUGAAGAUCUAUAUUACUCAGUGGAAAAAGAUACUUUUCCCCAGGAAAUGGCUAGCAGACCUCCAGUUCCUGUUCCAAGACCAGAAUCCAGCUCUCCUCAGUCAGACAAUGAGCUGUAUAUCUCCAAAGUUUUUGCACAGAAAGCUCAAAGACCUGAGAAUCUCUAUGUCCCUAGAGGAAAGGUGAGGAAAGAAACGAUGGUCAGGCCUGUUAGAGACCUGUCUCAAUCAAGUAUAUACGAUCCAUUUGCUGGAAUGAAAACUCCAGGUCAACGGCAGCUGAUCACAUUACAAGAACAAGUGAAAAUGGGCAUACUCAACGUUGAUGAAGCUGUACUUCACUUUAAGGAGUGGCAACUGAACCAGAAGAAGAGAUCAGAAUCAUUCCGUUUCCAGCAGGAAAAUCUGAAACGGCUACGAGACAGCAUAACCAGGAGGCAAAUGGAGAAGCAAAAAUCAGGGAAAAGUGCAGAUCUGGAAAUUACAGUACCCAUUCGACGUUCUCAUAAUACUUUGGGAAAACCAGAAUGUGGCAUAUAUGAGUAUACCCCAAGGAAAAACGUAUUCCCACCAAAAAAGGAGCUAAAGCGAGGAGACUGGAAAACAGAAAGCACAUCCAGCACAACAAGUAGUGCAAGCAACCGCUCCAGCACUCGGAGCAUAUUGAGUGUCAGCAGUGGGAUGGAAGGAGACAGUGAGGACAAUGAAGUCUCAGAAGCAAGCAGAAGCCGCAGCCCUAUCCAUAGCCAAGCAGAGAGGCUGCCUCUCCCCCUGCCUGAAAGGCCUCCCAGAGUGCCCCCUCGAGGUGCAAGCAGGCCUGUAAACUCUGAAGGCUUUUAUCCUCCACCUGUGCCCCCAAGAGGUCGCUGAAUCUCUCAACAUCUGUGGAAUAUGAGAUUUUUCUAUAUAUAUAUAUGUGUGUGUAUGUGUGUGUUUGUACAGAUAUUUUUGGGUUGUCUUAAAUUAUUUAUAAGGGGGAGCCAAAUGUUUUUGUAUCUAUCUUCCUUCCUAAAGCUCUGGUAGCUCUGCCUAUGGUUUUCACUGAGAUUUUUUGGUCUGCUGUAGCUUUUUUGUUUGGAAGAAUUCUGGUGCUUUAAGACUUCGAGGGAAAAAUCAUGGUUGAAAAGGAGAAUGCUGAUAUGUCUUGGCAGCCCUGCACCAACAUGGAGUUUCCCUUUGAUGAAGAAAGAACACAUCCUCUUAGAAAUUAAAUCCUGAUAAGCAUUGUCAAACAAAACUUUCAGUACAAUGUACAAGGGCUUUACUGGAAAAGUUACUUAGAAAAAAAAACCCAAAAUUAAAUACUUUGUUUGAAGAAUUCUCAUUA